AUGAAUUCAGACAGAAGCCUAGCCUUAGUUGUGGCAAAGUCUCGCAGAGAGGAUACCUCUUGGGCUUAUCGAGUGAUGCCGCACUGGAAGCCAUACAUCUACACCUCCGACCAAGAACCGGGCUUUGCCAAUCUCCCCGCGAACAAGGGCCGCGAGAGCAUGGCGUAUCUGACGCACAUCAUCGACAAUUACGACCGCCUGGCCGAUGUCACGGUGUUCAUGCACGGCGGUGAUAGCCAGUGGCACAACGAUGUCCGGGACCUGGACUCGCCGUCCCUGCUCCGCCGACUCAAUCUGCAGACAGUGGAGCGGAUGGGAUACGCUAAUCUGCGUUGCCACCAUCGCCCGGGGUGUCCGGUGGCCGUGCGGCCGUUCGACCCCGACAUGGCCUCCGAUCACAACGUCGUCUACCGCAACUUCACCAGCAUCUACAUGGAUCUCUUCCGUGUGUCCCCGGAGCAGAUCCCUCCCGAAAUUGGCGGGGUUUGCUGUGGCCAGUUUGCGCUCACGCGGGAACGCAUUCGCGGCCGACCGAGGGAAGAUUACCGGCGGAUGCGCGACUGGGCCAUCUCCACGGAGUUGGAUAAUUUUUCGGUUGGAUCGGUGUUUGAGAUGCUGUGGCAUAUUGUUUUCUUGGAAGGACCCGUGGCUUGUCCAGAUACCCGGCAGUGCUACUGUGAGCUAUACGAUCUUUGCGACGAGGAGUCCAACGAAGCGUGA